UCCAAGGGGAGAGUCUAGAGACAGAGAGAGAGAGAGCCCUUUUUUUCUUUCAUUUUGCAGCGAGCGAGAUCAACAAUGGUUUUCUGGACGUGGGUUUGGAAGGGGUUUCUGAUCGAUCUCCUGGAGGUGGCUGCCUACGGUGGCUCGUUCUGGCUCGCUCGCGAAGGCUACCGCCGCUAUUCCUUUCCCUAUGGCCACCUCCUCAACCUUGUCGGAGUGAUAUUUGCCCGAGCGACCUUUCACUACUUGCAGCGACUCAAAAGGAAGUGGCAAGACGGCCCUCGUCAGCCCCUGCCGGCGGCGAAAGACGCUACUGCCGAGCAGGCUACCAAGUACCAAGUACUGACCAGCUAGCUAGAUAGAAGUUUCCCCCCACCGUCGCCUUCGUUUUUGUAGCGAGAAAGCUUAAUCAAAAUUAGUAGAAGUAGCUUGUGUUGAGUGUUGUUAAGAAAACUCCGACUCCGAUCUCGGUUUUUAGAUUCCCUCCUUCGCUGGCUAUUAAUGUUUACCCUUUAGGGUUCUUUGUUAAUGGGGUUUCAUCCAUGAACUCAGUAAUGUAAUGGCUGCCUGGCUAGCUAGAUUGUCCUGUUUGUUAUGUGGGUUAUGGUCAUCUAUCAGUUUAACGAUUCUGAUCUCUAGUUAUUUGCGUUGAUGAAAUGGCUCUGAUAAAGUGUCCCACGGGCCACGAC